UGUAGGAGGUGCAGAGGGAGAAUCGACGAGAUAGGGAGAGAGUUUGAAAGUAGGCCUCCAGCAGUGGCCUCAGUUCCUCCAGUCAGUUGUCGCUUGCGUCUUCGGACGAUUGGAUAUACCGCAAUGAUGCUCCUCCUAUACUUCCUUUCCCUCUUCACCCUCGGAAGAUGCCUAGAUCCGCUGCCCUCUAAGCUCGAGAUUGAAUCCUCCAUCAACCGGACGAUCGACGAGGUAGAACGUCUGAUUCAAUCCGACCAGAGCCUCCCCAGACUCUCCCGCAGUCAAAUAGUUGAGAUCCUCCAGAACAUCACAUCGAAGGACAUGAAGAACUACGAGGAAUCCAUCGAGCAGAUGCGCUCCGACUAUCAACGAGCCCUGAUGGUCGUCCUGCCUUACAACUCCAAAGACUCAGCAGGUGAGGACCUCCAGGAUUUAUACACAAAACCGCCAAUGGUUCAGGUAAUCCCAGAUUCCGAAAUCAUGUUGCCAUUCGCAUCGAUCCAAGAGGAGCCACUCCCCUCCACCAGGAGCAACAUCAAUCUGAUUAAUCCCAGGGGACAGGAUGACUCGAAGCUCGCCACACCGUCCCAUCAACACAAGAACCACCGGAACUCCUACUCAGACUUCAAAACAACUGGAAAUCCAGAGAAGUUCACGUUAAAUCAAAAUAAUCUAUUGAAGAGGAACAAUCAGAAGGCCCAAACGGCCCAGAAAUCACAGCUAGAGGUGACGUACAGCAGCCACUCGACCGAAAGAUCAACAACGCCAUCGGAAUAUGCCUCCUCAACAAUCCCAGCCACUCGUUCAACCAACAUCUUGACAUCCGAUCAAUGGAGAUAUAACGCACCUCCAUCAACAACUUCUAAACCUAGAACCACUGCCCCACAACGAACAACAGUCUCUCCAACAGCAUCACCGACCAAGAAACCUGUGAAGACAGCUGUCAAGAGCAAACCCUUCCUUCCGACUGUGAUAUCAGCAUUUCCGACCCUGGGCACCUUCGCCAAACCCACAGCAGUGAAAACAACAGCAGUACCCGAAGAAGCGACCUUCAACAUGGCUGAUAUGGAUAUGCUGAAUGAUGCUCCUCCAGCACCUCUGUACGUCACUCCCUUGAGUUCAUCUCCUUCCCACGGAACAGCUUCUACUCAGCAACAGACAACACCGAUGAGAGAGGAAGUGGCUAAUCUUCUUGCAGCUAUCGGUCUUCAGCCGAGUCCAUCAAAGAUCAAGACGAAUGCGGCUUUCGGUGGAGCGUCCCAGGGUGACGUUCUCGGAGAAGACUUUGCAAUUCCAGACACCAACUUCAUUCCCAGCAAAACAGUGGGACUGACAUCAACCAGCCCGGACUUACCAUCACUAGGGCAUCAAAAUACUUUUGACAAUGGCCAAUCAGAUCUGCAAAAGGGUGUCAGCAAUCUUUCCCCAGAGCUGCAGUCGUUGUUCCAGAGGUUUGGACUGCCGGUAUCAGGAAAAGAACCGGGAAUAUCGACAACAACUAGAAAGCCAGAAUCGGAAAUCAGGUAUCCGACUACCAUUGACUCCUGGAGAGCAUUCAGACCUCUGCCUACUUCCGAGAUCAAAGACGAAGGGAUGAGGAGCUUCUUGGCUACAUUUGGACUCGGCGAGGUGCGGGAACAGAAGGCUAUGAAGACCACGACUGAAGCGGCUUCUGUGAUAGAAGCUGUGCCUGAUAACAUGAAGAGCAUCUUGGAGAAUAUCGGCUUAAUCACAAGGUCGAGAGCUUCAGGGGGAACGGAGUUACCAGGAACGACGCAGAAGCCCUCGAAGCUCCAUAUUUUCAAGCCGCACGAGACCCAGAUCGGCGAUGAGAUGCAGAAGAACAAGAUCAAUGAGCUUUUGGAUACAGUGAAACUUGUACAGGAGGGAAAGGCUGGCGUUGAUGAUGUCCGUGAUGCCGCAAAUCGACUGCUCACGACCACAAAAACUCUUCAAGGGGCACCGGAUGCAGUUAGUCUCGAGGAGAUCCUGCAGAUGUAUAAUCAAGAUUUGAGGAAGGAGGUGAAGAGGCAGGAGAACAAGGAUAAUGAUGACGAUGAUCUAGGGGAUGUGGCAAUGAGUGAUUCAGAUGACAAUGAGAUGUCCGCGUCCGAUCCAUCCGAGAGUACAAUGACAACGAAUGCGACUUCUCCAGCGGUCACUACACCCUCUCCAGAUCCCAUUGGAGACGCCGAUGGUGAUGGUCGCGUUGUGAAUAGCACCCCGGCAACACCGAAUUCAUCGCCGGCGGACGGUCCCAGUCUCGACGACCUCGCGGACUCCUUCGGCGGUACCACAGCAGCACCAGAUCCCGUCUUGCCAACACCCAGACGAUCGGGAUUGUACUUCUUGGUCGACUGGAACACUUUCUUGGAAGUGGGUGAGGAAGACAAGGACAAGGUGAAUCUCAGAUUUUCGCCGAAUGCGGGAGAUAGAACCAGAUUUAUUCCUGUAGUUAUACCUUGAUCCGUCUGUGAGUUGAUCCUACAGCGAUCGUGAUCACCCAUUGCAUAAUAUUAUAUGUAAUGAGGCAAAAUUGUCAUACAUAACGCAACCGCCGAUGCAUUAAUAUCAUGGGUCACGCAGAUUUUAUUUGUUAUUCUUGCUCAACGCUGUAAUUAAGUGGAAGAGAAAAAAAAUCAAAGAUUAAGGAUUUCCUUUAGCCCCUAGAAUAUGAGAUGUAAUAUAUUAUUUAAUCUGGAAAGUGUGUAAUUUACAAGUUUAGCCUAUAAUACGUAAAAGUAUUUAUAAUUAACUCUGUUGUAAUAAAACAUCAUUUUAGUUGA